AGGGGAGGAGGAGAAGGAGGAAGAGGAGGAGGAGGAGGAGAAGAAGAAGAAGAAGAAGAAGAAGAAGUGCAAUGGCAAAUAAUAUAUAAAUAUUAUUAAUAAACACCCCGAUGGACAAUGUGAGUGUGGAACAAAAUGAAGAAGCUGCUGCAGUUCCUGCACUUCACUGGAAAUUACAACAGAAUAUGAUCAAGCACUAACAGAAAUCGCAUGGAAACAGUAGAGGGCAGUAAUACGCCUCGGAUGCGUCUGAACUGCUGCUGGAACCAAAGAAGAAGUGCAUUGGCAAACAUGGCAGCGUCCUGUGUCGGCGCCUCUGAUAGGGCAACAAGACUCUAAACACUGAAACUUUUCCCGUGCCAGCACUGACCCUUCGUACACAUGGUGUUUUGAGCUGCAGCGAGAGCCUCUUUCAAUAUGUGGACGAAGAGCAGAGCAGCAGGAGCUUACCUGACAACCCUCCAGCACGUCCGGUGCUGCUGCAAACAGACGAUAUGGAAGAGGUCCGGUGAGAUGCGCCAGCGGCGGCUCUGUAGACUCAUGUCAUCAGCAUCAGCACCUCCAUGGAGAGUCCUCUUCUUUGGCACUGAUCAGUUUGCUGUGGAGUCUCUGCAAUUCCUCGCAUCCAACCGGAGCUCCAGUGAAAGGGUAGUGGAGAAACUUGAAGUCGUUACAUUGCCCGGCAACGUCCCUGUGAAGAGGUUUGCCCAGGAGAACCAGCUUCCACUGCACAGCUGGCCCCCUGACAAUGUGGAUGGACAAUUUGAUGUUGGGGUGGUCGUGUCUUUUGGAUGUUUACUCCACGAGAGCCUGAUCAACAAGUUUCCAUACGGGAUUUUGAAUGUUCACCCCAGCCUGCUGCCGAGGUGGCGAGGUUCCGCACCAAUCUUCCACACCAUACUGCACGGUGACGCUGUGACGGGGGUCACCAUCAUCCAGAUCCGCCCUCAUAAGUUUGAUGUGGGUCCUAUCCUCAACCAAGCGCUCCAUCAGGUCCCUGAGAACUGUACAGCAGAUGAGCUUGGAGUUGUCCUAGCUACCAAAGGAGCGCGCCUACUGAUUGAUACACUGAUGACACUGUCUGAGAGAAUAGCAAAUAGAAGGGAUCAGGGCCAGACAGGUGCAACAUUUGCCCCUAAAAUCAAGGCAUCCAUGAGCUGGGUGGUGUGGGAGGAACAGACUUGCGAGCAAAUCGAUCGGCUUUAUCGCGCCAUUGGAUCCCGGAUACCUUUGAUGACUACAUGGAUGGGCAGGACAAUAAAACUUCUGGAUUUUGUAGGAAAAAUGCACAUUUCAUUAUCAGAUGAAAGGAGGAAACCGAUCCCUGGCUCAGUGAGCUAUCAGAAGGAGUCCAAUACUCUGGCUGUCUACUGUAAGGAUGGCUGGGUGGGAUUCAGGACAGUGGUCUUAAAAAAAAGACUGACAGCAACUGAUUUCUAUAACGGCUACCUGCAUCAGACACUGCAGAAGACUGCACUCUCUGGGACAGCUGAAGGACAGUUUAUCAGUAUAAAAGGAGGACGUAAAGCACAACAGAGAGGGAACUCAAAGUUGUGAUUUUCUUACUCCAUGGGAACACUGCAAGCAUGACGCCAUCUAAAGAAAUUUGCAGUUAAUGUGUCAUACUUGUCUGUUUUAAGACAUCUGAAUGUACAGCGCAUUUAUUGCAUCACUGUAUUGGUACUCAGUAAAUAAAAGUGCUGUUGACUGUCAGAUAUUAAUAUAAACAGUCAUAAAUGCUUUUUCUUUUAUUGAUUUCUUUUAAAUUUUACACAAAACGACUUGUGUAUGCUUAAGUGAUCUGUCAAAACUGACUGGGUUAUUAUCAAAUCAUAUUGACAUGCUAAACCAAGGCUGGCUGUUUGGGUUUAGUUGAUCAUCUACAUAAAACCUGUGAUGAAAAUGA